AGGAUGGAUAGAAUGACAGAAGAUGCUCUUCGCCUGAACCUGUUGAAGCGGAGCUUGGACCCAGCGGAUGAGCGAGAUGAUGUCCUGGCUAAGCGGCUCAAAAUGGAGGGGCAUGAGGCCAUGGAACGCCUGAAAAUGCUGGCACUGCUGAAACGGAAGGAUCUGGCGAAUCUUGAGGUGCCACACGAGUUGCCCACCAAGCAGGAUGGCAGUGGUGUCAAGGGCUAUGAAGAGAAGCUCAAUGGGAAUCUCAGGCCUCACGGAGACAACAGGACUGCUGGAAGGCCCGGCAAAGAAAACAUCAGUGACGAGCCUGUGGAUAUGAGCGCGAGGCGGAGUGAGCCAGACCGAGGAAGGCUGACUCCCUCCCCAGACAUCAUUGUUUUAUCUGAUAAUGAGGCUUCCAGUCCCCGUUCCAGCUCCCGAAUGGAAGAAAGACUCAAAGCAGCCAACCUAGAGAUGUUUAAGGGGAAAGGUGUGGAGGAACGGCAGCAGCUCAUCAAGCAGCUGAGGGAUGAGCUGCGAUUGGAGGAAGCCCGGCUGGUGCUGUUAAAGAAACUGAGGCAGAGCCAGCUACAGAAAGAGAACGUGGUCCAGAAGACCCCAGUUGUGCAGAAUGCAGCAUCCAUUGUUCAGCCAUCUCCUGCCCAUGGGGGACAGCAGGGCCUAUCCAAGCUUCCCUCCCGGCCUGGGGCCCAAGGGGUUGAACCACAGAGUCUGAGAACAUUACAGGGUCACAGUGUCAUCCGUUCAGCGACCACUACCACCCUCCCACAUAUGUUGAUGUCUCAACGUGUUAUUGCACCAAACCCAGCCCAGCUACAGGGUCAGCGGGGCCCACCCAAGCCAGGCCUUGUACGCACCACAACACCCAACAUGAAUCCUGCCAUCAACUACCAACCGCAGUCGAGUUCUUCUGUUCCCUGCCAGCGCACAGCAUCCUCUGCCAUCUAUAUGAACCUUGCCUCCCACAUCCAGCCAGGGACCGUGAACAGAGUGUCCUCACCACUUCCUAGCCCCAGCGCCAUGACUGAUGCUGCCAACUCCCAGGCUGCAGCCAAAUUGGCUCUUCGCAAACAGCUGGAAAAGACACUCCUGGAGAUUCCACCCCCUAAACCUCCCGCUCCCUUGCUUCACUUCCUGCCUAGUGCAGCCAAUAGCGAGUUCAUCUACAUGGUGGGCUUGGAAGAAGUUGUACAGAGUGUCAUCGACAGCCAAGGCAAGAGCUGUGCCUCUCUCCUGCGGGUUGAACCCUUUGUCUGUGCCCAGUGCCGCACAGACUUCACACCCCACUGGAAGCAGGAGAAGAACGGCAAGAUCCUGUGCGAGCAGUGUAUGACCUCCAACCAGAAGAAGGCUCUCAAGGCCGAGCACACCAACCGGCUGAAGAACGCUUUUGUUAAAGCCCUGCAGCAGGAACAGGAAAUUGAACAGCGACUCCAGCAGCAGGCAGCCCUCUCCCCCACUGCGGCUCCAGCCGUGUCCAGUGUCAGUAAACAAGACACCAUAAUGAGACAUCAUACGCUUCGGCAGGCUCCACAGCCCCAGAGCAGCCUGCAGCGUGGCAUACCCACCUCUGCCCGUUCCAUGCUUUCCAACUUUGCGCAGGCGCCCCAGCUCUCUGUGCCCGGUGGCCUCCUCGGGAUGCCAGGUGUCAACAUCGCGUACUUGAACACCGGCAUUGGAGGACACAAAGCUCCCAGUCUGGCAGACCGACAGCGGGAGUACCUUUUAGACAUGAUCCCUCCCCGGUCUAUAGCGCAGUCCAUCAGCGGGCAGAAAUAACGCCCGCCCCUCGUGCUGCCCAGCCUCGAACCCUCUGCCCCCUCCCGUCGCCCCCAACGUCCGUCGCAUGCAGUGCCUGUGCUGGUGCCUACCAUACACGGAAA